UUAGGGUGUUUGGGUUCUACCGCUAGGUCUAUUUUCCAUCUCUAUCGGUUUUUGGGAAUCGUGGAUUGGAAAGAGACAUGCAGGCACUGUCUUUCAUGAGUUGUAUCAGGUAAAAUACGGUCUACGAAGGCUAAACGUUUCCACCCGACUUAUGAUAGCUGUUGCUCGGAUUUUCAUAGUCAUAACAAUUAUGUCUUACGCUGCGCGAGGACAUGUGAAAACAAAUUUAUUCUACAAUGUCCUUACAUCUUACCGUUUUAAAUAUAAACAAACGCAACUUCUGCUCUGUGCAUUUGCGAUCAUCCUCUUGAAUCUGAUGUUGCGCGGAUGCGCUCGAUUUCUGGCUGCAAUUGGUAUGAAAGCCUUCUCCGUGCUUCAUCCAGUUACUAUCGUACCAGCGGUUGGUUAUGCUAUUGUUGCAUUUAUCUGCAACAACAGAAUAUGUGGUAUAGCUGCGUUCCUUGCCAAACUUGGCUUGAGAUGGUCUUGCGAUCAAUGGGGCAGACAAACUCGUCCAUUCGACGAUUGGUACAUCUGCAUGAUUUGGCUGGCAGUAGGUGCCUACAGAGGAUAUCAGUUUGUACGACAAAGGUCAUGCGAUCCUUCUGAUGAAGUUUAUCUCAGUGUUGAUUCAAUGCCACCUGUUUCCAAUGGAUUUUGCAUAGAACAGUCGCUAGUCGUGUUCCAUAAUUCACUCAGCAAGGCGGAACCCAUACUAGAUGUUGAUGAUGAUCACAGUGAUCCAACCGAUGAGUUGCAUGUGCGCAAUGACGAGGUUGACAGAACAUUGACUCUGUAUAUGUGUGCAACAAUGUGGCACGAGACAGCUACAGAAAUGGCCCAGAUGUUAAGAAGUAUUAUAAAACUCGACGAAGAACAUGCACAUCGUCUUAGUGCCAAGAAGGUUGACCAACUAAGAUUUCGUUUGGAAGGUCACAUUUUCUUUGAUGACGCAUGGGAAGAUCAGACGGAGCUUGGAAUUACUAAACGGGUCCCUAAUGACUUCUUUCACACAUUCUUUGAUACACUUAGUAGGCUGACUGGUGAAUUUAUUGAUGAAUCUGGCUCUAUGAUGUCUCGAAUUCUCGUUAAUACCCCCUAUGGAGGCAGAUUGGUGGUAAGACUUCCGGCUGGCACCUUGUUGUUUGUCCAUCUAAAAGAUAAGAAGCUGAUUAGAAACAAAAAGAGAUGGAGUCAGGUUAUGUACAUGUACUAUCUACUUGGACAUCGUAUUAUGGACUCACCGCUAAGUUUGGAAGAUCGUCAACAAAUGGCGGACAAUACAUUUAUUCUAGCUAUUGAUGGUGAUUCGAAGUUUGAGCCAGAA